CUUUGUUUCCAAUGCUUCCAUGGCUUUUAACAAAAACAAAACCUUCUAGAAACUUGAGAUAUGGGAAGUUUCGAGUUUUCAACUGAGUUGGUUCCGGGUUUGCCCGAUGAACUCGGUCUUGAGUGCUUAACUCGGUUACCUUACACAGUUCACAGACUCGCCUCCCGAGUUUGUCACCGAUGGCGAGAUUUGCUCCAAAGCCAAGACUUCUAUAUCCUCCGCAAAAAAUUAGGGUACAGCCAAAAAGUCGCUUGCUUGGUUCAAGCCUUUAGAAGUGGAAUCGUGAAUGGACCUAAAAAACCGAGUGAGUCGCCGAGUUAUGGAAUUGCUGUUUUUGACUCGGUGAGUCGGAGUUGGGAUGGACUCCCACCAGUUCCCAGGUACCCAAAUGGGUUGCCUUUGUUCUGUCAAUUAGCAAGUUGCGAGAGGAAGCUUGUGGUGAUGGGCGGGUGGGACCCGGUGAGUUACGACCCUGUUACUGACGUUUUUAUCUACGAUUUCAUGACUCAGCAAUGGAGACAAGGAAAGGACAUGCCGUCAAAAAGAUCGUUCUUUGCAAUCGGAGCAUAUUCGGGUCGGGUCUAUAUUGCUGGCGGGCAUGACGAGAACAAGAACGCAUCAAAAACCGCGUGGGUUUAUGAUAUGAGAAAGGACGAGUGGACUCAGUUGGGGGAGAUGAGUCAAGAGCGAGACGAGUGUGAAGGUGUGGUGAUUGGGGAAGACGAGUUCUGGGUUGUGAGUGGAUACCGGACGGAGAGUCAAGGUCAAUUUGAUGGGAGUGCUGAUGUAUACGGGUUAAAGUCGGGUCAAUGGAGGAGGGUCGAAGGGGUUUGGGAACACGGUCGAUGCCCGAGAUCAAGUGUCGGGAUUGGGAAGGACGGGAAAUUGUUCGAUUGGGCAGAGCUAGACGCGGCCGUUGGGGUCGGAGCAUGCGGGAUAACCCUUGGAGGGCGGGUCUUGCUUACCGGGUCGAAGUAUCAAGGUACAUCGCAUGGGUUUUACAUGGUGAAAAUGAAGGAAGGCCAAAAUGGUAAAUUGGAGAAAAUCAGCGUGCCUGAUGAGUUUUCUGGGUUUGUCCAAUCAGGCUGCUGUGUGGAAAUCUGAUCCACUAAAUUCUUAGCAUAAGCUAUAUUAAAGAAAAAAAAAGAGAAAAAGUUUAUAGGUAGUUUUGUUGUAAUUUUCAAUGUAGAAAAGGCUGCUUUUUUUUAGAUUAUUCGAAUUUGAUGCAUAAUUAUUAUAAAUAUAUGAAUAUUUACACAUAUUUUGGGUUGGGAUGUAGAAGUUAAUGCUGAUUGUCUGUUAAAGCAAUGAAAAUUGAAAUUUUCCUCAGUUGAUUUUUCUUCUUCGUGUAAGAAAGCAAGAUUUAUCUGAAAAUAUCAUGUAACAAGCUGGUUUCUCAGUGCCUUGGUCACCCCAGCUGAAUCCAACUCCAUGAUUAUGUUUGCCACUGUAAAAUUGACAUGUUCUUUCAAUCAUGCCACAUGAUGCUAAUGAUAUGAAGUUGUUGUCCGGUACGUUAUUAUUUACAUCUCAGCAAACCAUUUUAGCUCAGAUGUGACCAGUUUUCAAAUAAAGGGCAUUGAUUUCUGCGGAGUGGGGACCUACUGAGUUACUUUUUUUUUAAAAUAUUUUUCCGACACUUGGACGGGGACAAGUAAAAAGAAAACUUGCAAAAUUUUAGAACAGAAUGCGUUCAAAUGAAUCUGCUUUCAUCUCGUAAAUACAUCCUUUUUUAUAAAACUGAUAGUUGGAAGUUGAAGCCAGCAUAUAUAGUUAUGCAG